AUGGGUUCCUCUACUUGCUGCACAAGUCGUCAACCACCUUCCCCCGAUGCAGUAUCACCUCGUCCUAUUCGAUCACCAUCAAUUACGCCAGCAAAUACUCUGAGGAAGUCUCCACGUAAGACAUCAAAUCUGAGGAUCGCGGACGCACAAACACAAGUCCCUACAUGGAGCUCGGCUACAAAAACAGAAGAUGAACCGGAAAUAAGGGCUAUUUUUGAAGGACAGUGUUUUCCUGAAAAGGAUAGAGAGGAAGAAAUAAGGGCGGUUGGCGAAGGAGAUAGCGAUGAAGAUGACGAAGACGAGAAGCAGCAGGGGGUUAAGCCAAUGCUUAGUUCAAACACACUCAAAUCCGUCAAGAGUCGCCUGAAGAAGACAUUUUCCCGCGAAUCUGGAAUUACAAAGAAUGAUAAAAGAAGAAGUAUAGGGACAAGUGAGGAAGAGGUGGAAAGAAGAAAAGAACUAAGAAGAUUAAGACAGAAGAGGAUUGAGGAGGAAUUAAGUUAUGAAGAUGGAUAUGAUGAAGACGCUCAAUCUAUGAGUACAGUUGAUUGUCAUACAAAUCGGGCCGUGGAUAAGGGCAAGAAGAGACAGUCUAUUUUGCCAGAGGAUAGUGGGAACUUUCCGGUUUUCAGGAAACAGAGUUCUUCCUUCGGGUCGGAAGGAAUUGGCAAUGGUAGCAAGAUCUCUCUAUCUACGGGUAAUGUUGACAACGCGAGUAACGUGUCACUAUCAGUUUCCAAGCUUGACAAUACCAGCAAGCUAUCGCUUUUAACUCCGGCCGAUCGUGGAAAAUCUCGGACUCAUGUAGGUACUGCUGAGUCAAAUAUUAAUCUACUCAAACCGAGCACUACUCCACCACGAAGAUACAGCUCACCUGGUCCUUGUCCUACACCUAGUGAAAUCGAUUUUCUUCAGCCUGGAAAAUAUCGGCCUAGAAAAACAGACAGCGAAGUUUGUCCUAUACCUUCGGCGCCAGUAUCAGAUGCUCAGAGGUUGCCCGGUUUUGGUAUACCUGAUACAAAUCUGGCUUCGAACUGGCGUUUAUCAUAUACUUCCCAUAAAAGCAACCGCGGAGCACAUCUUCGGAGGCUUAGUCAACAGUUUGAGGCUCCAAUUCAAUCGGCAGCAGAUGUUGCUAAUGUUGGAACUCAAACAUUGCCACGUUGGCUCAAAACUCAUAGGCUGCAAUCAUCUUCUCAAGCUGUUACAAUGUCAGAAGGUAGUACUGUUCAUCAAGAGCCCUCAUUUAUGCGGCCUCCGCGCUCAGAUACUGGAUUUGGAGGCGUUGACGGUAGUGGUAGUUUUACGAAUAUUCAUCUGCAAGAUAUGGAUAUCUCUAAACGUCUUCUGCAAAGCUCCUGCUCAUCUCCACAGCUUGUAAGCUGGGAGAAACAUCACCGUGAAACUUCAGGCAUUAGCACCGCUACACAAAGCCGUGCUAGAUAUAUGCGGAAUCCAUCGGAGACAAUAUCCAUGCCUUCCUGUCCAUCAUUUGCUUUGAGUGAGCUGGCCCCUCCCAACUGGGGAAAAAUACCAAAUGAUGGGACAUCUUCAUUCUAUCCUUCCGUGGCAAAUAGCAUUCAACCUUCACCAGAAUGUUCGCGAUUCGAAUUAUCUCCUUUGAUAUCGGCGAAUAGAAGUAUUGUUGCAAUAGUAGAGCCCCAAGUAAUUGAUGAGGUCAUCACACCUCUUCGUUCGCCAAUAACGCCAGCAGGAAUGGGCGCCGAUACGCCAACCACAAUCAAUGUGUCCCUUACUAGUCUUCAUGCCCCUUUGACCAGAUACUCCGCACGACAAAUUGAUGAAAGCUCACUUUUUGCUUCCGAAACUACAAGUUUCCGAGAACGAGAACUAGAAUUGAGCCAUAUUCAAGCACGCUUUGCUUCAUCAGACUUACGUCGACCUCCAAGUACUCCAAUAUCAAGCAAGUUCCGUGAAGAAUUCGAUAUCUCCCUUACUCCUCAACCUAAAUCUCCUUUUCAGAAGCUUGUUAGGGCUUGCUCAUUAAAAAAGAGUCGUGAUGAUUUGGAAGAUGGUCUACUACUAGCUCCUCCACCACAUAGAUUAGGAUUUGGGUAUCGAUUUUCCUCAACUCCUACAACUCCAGCGAGAAAGAGCUCUACACGCGCCUCUAUUUCCACGAAGGACGUAACAGAGAUACGGCAAACUCCUGCCAUUGAUGAUUCCAUUGAUACUCCUGUAAAAGGCAGAUUUGCCGCAUUUCGCAGGAUCAAGCGUCUUGCGAGUAUUGGUGGAUAUGAUGGUCCGGAGGAUGAUCGUCGAAGAAGUAGAGCUGAUUCUAGAGCUGAUUCUAGCAGUCGAAAACCAUCAGCUUUAGAUGCUAGGUUAGGUCUGGGUUCUGAUAUGACCGCCAUUGAGGCACAGCGGAAAAUCUCUAUACCUGCCAUGCCACACAUUUCAUUGCCGAUCCCCGAGUCACCUAGUAUCAACAAAUCGAAUGCUCGCACCCCUGGGCCUCUGGCUCGCAUGGUCACAUCUAUGCAUGUUGAUUCCCCAGAAAUUCAUUUACCGGGACCUAUGGCUCGCAUUGCCACUUCAAUGCAUGUGAAUCCCCCAGAAAUUCAUUUACCGGGACCUAUGGCUCGCAUUGCCACUUCAAUGCAUGUGAAUCCCCCAGAAAUUCAUUUACCGGGACCUAUGGCUCGCAUUGCUACUUCGAUGCAUGUUGACUUACCUACGCCUCAUAUGCCCGAUGUUGCCGCAUCACUUCUUCAUACUCCUCAUAUUGAUCUACCGACCCCUCAUAUGCCCCAUAUUCCCCAUAUCAAUGUGGGUCAUCAUGAUCAAGAUUCUGACCCAAAAGAGAAGAAAGGUCCCAAAGCAGCACCUGCAAUUGCUGCGCCAAAGCCAAAGGGUCAAAAGCCUGGCGAUAAUCCUCAAGGAGGUGCACCACAAUGGAGAGGCCCUCGAGCUAGAAAUCGAUCCCCAAGUAGAGAGGAUAACAGGAGGAGAAUGGAUACUAGUCAAGAUGAUUCCGCUGCUGUCUGGAUGAAAGCAGUCAAAGGUGCUGUAAACGAUAGAUCGAAAGCGCGUAAAGACAAUCAAGAUGGAGAUGACAUAUUUGGGGACUGGGAGGCAGAAUUGGCUGGAGUAGCAUCAAAAUCUAAAUAUGAAAGCCGAAAGUUUGGCUCUAGGGGUAAACCAAAGAUCCAUCAAAUUGAACAAUUUCCAAAAGCUUGGUGUAGAUUCCCGAGCCAUGAGAGGAAUGCUAGGGGUCAUGAAAGUGCGGGCGUGGAGGCACUAGUUGAAGCGAAGGACUUCGCUGCACCGAAAAUAGGAAAGGAGGUUGCGGGAACAAAAGAAUAUUCUUAUGCUACAAGGAGGAGAAGAAGGCCAGGUAUGAUUACUAGCAAUAGCAGUGACCCCAGUUCUGCUCACGCCUUAUCCGAUGAGGAAUUGGAUGCAAUUGAAGCUGCACAGCCAUGGAUCAAGCGAUUGAGUCAGAAGAUCAAAAUUGCUUGGAUGGAUUUUAUGAUUGCAGAGGAACAAAAGAAACAUGCGUUUCACACUGGAAGUUUGGGGAGAAGAGGUUCAAUGACUAUGGAUGGAAAAUUACCAUUUCCAGAAUUGGAAUUGUUACCGAUGAGAGCACCACCUCCACCAAGUGAAGUGGUAGACGAUGAAGCGGAUGAUUUGGAGGAAGAGAAAAAAAGAGUUGAGGCCAUCAAGAAGGCGCAGAUUAAACCGCAUUAUGAGGCGGCAGAUUUGACGCAGAGUAAAGCGGGUGUAAGUGAUUUGUUGGAUAUUUUUAGUACGGGGCCUGAGGAACCGGCUGAACCGAAGAUGCCGGUUAAGAAAAAGGGUCCAAAGGCAAAGAAGGUUAAGGACCCUUAUGCUUUGGAUGAAGAUGAGGAUUUGGGUGGUGGCGGUGGUGAUGCUGGGGGUAAAGGUGAUGAAGGUGAGGAUGGAAUGCCUAAGAAGAAAGAGAAGAAGAUUAAAGAUCCAUAUGCGCUCGAUGAUGAUGAUGACGAGGAUUUACCACCUGUACCCAAGAAAAAGGGAAAAGCGAAGGAUCCUUAUGCUAUUGACGAUGAUAUGGACGGCUCAUCUGAUUUUGGUUCUGGGGAUGAGCUAGGCAGGAUUGAUCAAAUUGUCAUGAAAGAGGUUCUAAGUGACGACGAUACGAUUGAUCAUACGCGAUUUGAGGACUCGAUGGUUAGUUUUCGUGAUCCAGAGUUCUAUCAGGAUUGUUUGGUGAUGCCAAAAGAACCAAGUCCCGUACAUGUUAAAGAAUGUUCUGUACUGUCCAGCCAUGGAAUCAUUGAAGAAGAAGAAAGUCCAUCAGGUAAUGGUGCGGGUAUUAGAGUACAAGUUCAGGAAAUUGGCGAGGGGGUUAUUAAACAGAUUGAGAGAUUUAGAACGUGGAAUGGUAAAGAUUGGGAAAGGGAAAUGGGGGGUUUCCUUAUGAGAAGGGAUACGAGUGUCGGUAGAGAUAGUAUGAGGAGUGCAAAGUCUGGUUGGAGUAUGGGAAGUCAGGGGUCGAGAAACACGGUUAAGAGUGUGGGGGUAGAGGUUAAGAGGUUGGAGGAUUUGGAGAGGGAGAGGGAGGCUUUGAGGAGGAGGGGAGGUCAUUUGACGGGAGGUGUGCCGAGGAGGGUUAGAGGGGAUAGGGGAAGAGAGAGGAAGAGUGGACAUGCGAGGAGUGUUAGUUUGGGAGAUGGACUUGAUAUUUUUGAGGGAUUGAGUGGUGGAGGUGAGGUGAGAGGAAGAAGAUUGACGUUUGGUAGUGGGAGGUAG